CGACAACGAUUCUUCAAUUGAGUGUAUGCCAUAUCGAUAAUAUGUCUGUAUUCAAGACUCUCUUGAUGUUUUUAAUGCUGAAUGUGAGCUCUUUAAUUGUUGACGGGGCGUUACGAUUCACCCAAUUUCCUCGAAAUACUUCUGUUAUUGCUGGAGAAACUGUUCGGUUUGUGUGGGACUACACUGUGGAUGACAGGGACUUCGAGUUUCAUAGCCACUCUCCCUCGUGGAGUUUUUACGAUGACAAGGAAUACACCAUUGCCCAUUGCAUACGAAGACCAGUUCGAUGGAUGGAAUUGGAAAAUAAGUCCCGAAUGCCCAGCACAAUUUCUAAAUCCCACACGUAUAAGAAAAGAAGCAAGAGCUACACUAGUGAUCUCUGAUGUAAGGGUUGCUGAUAGUGGCACGUAUGGAUGUACAUUGAACUCACUACUCGAAGCAAGUGAAACUAGUAAAGUUAUGCUGAUUGUGACUGGACGUACUGGUGUGCCGACUAGUGCUUCAUUAUCACCAACAUCUACCAAGAGUCCAGCUCUUUGGCAGUUUGUCAGCAAUCAAAUCGGUGAAGACUGUGGCAAGAUGGCGUCUGCAACCUACCAUCACACGACAAAGCUUUGUGAAAUAGAAAAGGUAUGUAUGUAUGUAUGAAUGAUCAUUGAAUAAUAUACCUAUCAAAUACACACCAAUGAACUAUAACUUUAUGACGUUGUUAUUAGCCACGAAGUGUAAACAAUACUGUAACGUAGUUUACUCGACCAAUCCUUCCUAGCCUUCCUAUCUUCCACAUUCAUUCGUCAAAGCAAAGUGAAAAAAUAUCUAGCAAAGUUGAUUUUCAUUGACACUUUAUUUACAUUACAAUAUAUAGAUUGCAUAGCUAAGAUUCAGCGAAGGUUCAUUCACAAGCAAGGUGAAUUCGAAGAAUAACUUGUUGAGAUGGUUGAUAUGGUUUUGCUGUCCAAGAUCGUGUUUUUUGUUCUACUGUGCAAAGUCUUCAAGGGACAUUCUGCAUCAUCUGAAAAACUAUCUAUCACGUCUGUGAAGUCCAUCACAAGACCCAUCGGACAAGACGUCGUUUUUAUGUGGAACAUCACAAAUGGCAGAUUCCUUGAGAUCCGUUUUGGCCUGCUAGAAGAUGGUCAACUAAAGCCGCAGCUCGCUUACAUGUCACACGGCUACGGCCCAGUGUUUGGUAGUGAUUUGGAUACCAGUGUUUUGAGAUACAGAGGAAGGUUAAGCUGGGUUGGUGAUUUGAGUGUAGGGCAUGCUUGGUUCAAGAUGGUGAAUUUAACCUUCCAGGAUACAAGAACCUAUGUUGCAGCGAUACAAGAAUUAGGGACCGACAUGCUGAUCACGUCAUCGAUAGCACUGACAGUUAAAGGAUCUGCCCGAUUUACUCGGGUCCCACCAAAGCUACUACGCAUGCGUGCUGGUAAAAGUGCCAAGCUUGUAUGGGACUAUCACGUGGUUGCGAAAGAAAAGGAAUUCAGCGACAUCUCACCAAUAUGGAGUCACUAUACCAGUAACCACGGCAACCAACGCAUAGCAUUUGAGCACAGGUACCAAGGCACGUGGGUAUGGGCCAUCAGUAGUGAGUGCCCAGCGAGGUUAUUGCACCCGACUCGAGUUAGGAAAGAGGCCACUGCUACUCUGGUAAUAUCCAAUGUCACCAAUGCAGAUAGUGGGGUGUAUGAAUGUAGUCUAAUGUUGAAGACAGGGCUUGCUAUCGUCAGUAAAGUUAAGCUUGUUGUUACAGGAGGACCAUCCAUUGAGGCUCUAAUCAGGGAUGUUGAAACGGAUGAACGAUCCAAGAUCAAAGAAGUACCACCGGAGUCUCCAGCCAUCGUAAGCGCAAACACAGCAGACCUGUCAAUCACAGUCAACUGGAGAGAACCAGAGAGCCAUGGAUACCCUGUGCUCAUGUAUUCUGUUCACAUAGUAGAACUAGACCAAGCAGGACAGGAAGUGACGUCACGUACGUAUCACGUGAACGAAGACGUACAUCACUACGAGGCUGGUGACAUUGAAGGCGGGAAAACUUACAGGUUCUACGUGACUGCGUGGAAUACUCAUGGGGAAAGCGUGAAGGACCACCGUAAGAGUGUGACAGUAAAAGUACAGAAACCAUGAUGCUUUGCGGUAGAGGUAAUCACGUGACCCCAGACAACCAAAUGGACUUACAACUCACCGGACAAAGAUUUGGAAACAGAAAAAAAAUGUUUAUUUGUUUAUUUUGUUUCAAAUCUGCGUGCUUUUAAAUGGAAUAUAAGCUGAUUAACUGUGCUGUUUUUCUACUUUUUUUGCGGUUUGUUUAGUUUGAACAAAUGACGAACAUAAAAAAAUAUCAAUAGAGAGUUUUAGAUUUACGUUCACGGCAAACGUGAAACGUCAGUUGACCAGUAAAAAAUUCUUUUAAAUUACUGAAAAAGAAUCGCAAAAAAGUCCAAGUGGUAGA